AUGUCUACAGGCAUCUGGCGCUUGUUCCGAAGGGGUGGCGAUGAAGGGGAUGGCGAGGGGAAAGCAACCCGCGCACACCUGGGAGAGGAGAACCAAUUCUACUACAACAAAGAGCUCAAACGAUGGCUUAUCCGAGGCGAAGAACACCUCGCUCAGCAGCAGGACACUCCCCCCCCUCCCCCUGCUGCAGCUGCAACGACAGGAGGACAACAGCUUGACAAGGGGUCACCCCCUGUCGGCGGCAUGAGGCGAAUGAGGGCCCGUGGCGCUGCGAGUCUAUACACUGCCACGCCAGGGUUGCUGACAAAGAGCAGCGGGGGAAAUGACGCCACCAAACGGCCCCUCACAUUUGUGAUGCCGCCCUAUAGGCUGCCGCAGCAGCCGCAGCAGCAGCAGGAAUCACAGCAGCAGCAGGCGGAGGGGAGUGAGCCGGGGGCUCCACCCAUUGACAACAGUUUGCAUGAAGCAGCAGCAGGUGCAGUUGAUCACGAAGACACAGCGGCUAAGGGCAACCAAACUAUGGAUGGCUGUCGUGUGCGAGCUGCAUCUUCGGAGCCGCCGCUCUGUGAUAGCUCCGACUGGGCUGCAGCAGAGGAGCAGCACCAGCAGCACUACGGGCAGCAGCAGCUGCAGCAGCAACACCAGCAGCAAACAGAAGCUGAGGGGGAACCUGCAACAGAGAAGACGGAGUCACUUACGCGGCCACCCCUAUUCCCAAACGUUUCAGCCCAUUGCUCCACUGGCGCCCCCUCCCCCCCCGAAGGUGAAGCAAAUACGUUGCUGUUCUCUGGGGGGCAGCAGCAGCACCUGGAGGAACCACAGCAGCACUCUUUGCCUGUGAGUGGCGUGGAGGAUAUCUCAGGUGACCAGCAGCCACGUCCGGAGCUUACCUCGUUUGCGCACUACCCGCAGCAGCAGGAGCUGUCGCAGCAGCAGGAGCUGCUGCACCAGCAGGAGAUGCAGCAGCGGCAGGAGAUGCUGCAGCAGCAGGAGCUGCUGCAACAGCAGGAGAUGCUGCAGCAGCAAGAGCUGCUGCAACAGCAGGAGAUGCUGCAGCAGCAGGAACUGCUGCAGCCGCAAGAGCAGCGGGAGCUACAGCAUGAGCAAGAACAGCAGGAGCUGCAGCAGCAACAAGAGCAGCAGGACCCGCGGAUAGCAGCGGAGGAAGAAGGCUACGGAGUGGCAGCCCCCGUGCUCCCCCGGGACCAGACUGGUGAGUUGAUUGAAGAGCCAUUGGUCCAGUCUCCUGGGCAGCAGGAUCAGCGGUUGCUAGAGGGCGGUGCAUCUGCUGCUGUUUUGCUUGAGCCCUAUGCGCAAGCGACAGAUGCUGCAGCUGCAGCAGUAGCUCCGCAGACAGCUGAAACAUCAACUGAUUAUCAACACAACGAAACACAGGGGAGCGCAAUCGAAGACGCUCCAACAGCUCGGCAAGCAGUUGCUUUCCCCUUGCAGCAGCAGAACGCGGGAGAGGAUCAAGGAAUCGUUCCCCGCUGGGGCGAGCAGCAGCAAGAGCAGCAGGCGGAGUGGCAGCAGCAGCAGCCGCAGCAACAGCAGCAGACGCAGCAACAGUAUGUCGGGCAGCCGCUGCAGCAUGAAACCUUAGCUCUUCCGGAGGCCAGCGGCUCAAGCAGCAGCAGCUGCAGCACAGGGGCCUCGCCAAAGUGGGAGGGUCACCUGCACAGCGAAGCAGAUGGCGGAGCCAUUGUACAGUCCGGGACCAGUCCGACAUCUUCUCCAGAAGCUGCGGCGGCAGCAGCAGCAGGUGCUGCUGCUGCUGCUGUUGCUGCUGCUUCGCUGCAGGCGGGUACGGCGUCCGAGAAGGCAAGCUCCCACCACCUGCCAUCGGAGAUGUGGGGCUCGUCUAUCUCGCCCACAACAUCUCUUCCUCAAGAAGAGGAGAGAUUACUGCUGGAGCAGCAGGUGGAGCAUCAGCAGCAGCAGCAGCAUGAGUUGCCGCAGCAUGGUGAAGAGCAGCAGCAUGAAGAUGAGCAUCAGCUCCUGCCCCAGCAGCAGUACCAAGGGCAACAGCAGCAACUGCAUGCAGGCUUGUUUAUGGAGGAUAUCCUACCUGGAUUUGCUCGUGCAGUUCAGGAUCUGGAGAAGAGCAGCGCAGAGACAUUGCGGCAGCUGGCAGCACUGCAGCAGCAGGUGGGGGUGUUGCGCUCUCGCAAUGCCUGUCUCACAGCAAACAUACAGCAGGUGACGGAGCAGCUUCUAACAGGGGAUGGUCCUAUGGUGGAGCGGCAGCGGGCAGCAGAACUCCUCCAGGAUGCUCUUGGCGCUGCAGCUGCUGAGUUCCCGUCCCCCAUAGGCGACGAUGCGGAGCCGCAGCCGUCGCCAACGUGCAGUGCCGUCUCGGAUGCAGAAGCAGCAUUAGAAGAGGCCCAAGGGGCAGUUUCUGCUCUGACGCAGAUGUUGGUGGAGCAGAUGGAACGAAACAGACAGCUGCAAGAGGAAGACAUGCAUUUCGAUGCGGAUGUUGUACAGUUCAUCACGCAGCUGCAGCAGCAGCAUGGGUCUCUUGAACCGUUCCUGCAGCAGCAGCUGCUGCUGCAGGAAGCACAUAUCGAGCAGCAGGAGAGUCUGACGAACCUAAAGCGCAUGCACGAUGACCUUAGCAGACGCAUGGAGGAGAGCUGCGCUCGAGCAGCUGACCUAGAGGGACAGUUAGCGUUGGCAUACGAGAAACGGCAGCAGGUGCAGCAGGAGCUCGACACCACUCAACGAGAGCUGCAGCACAACCAGGAACUGCUGCAGCAGGCGCAGCAGCAGAAUGAUACACGCGCAAACGAGCUGCUCCAGCAGUCGAAAGUAUAUCAGGAGCAGCUCGCGGCUUCGGAGCAGCAGCUGGCAAACCUACAGCAGGAGAUGGAGCAGCAGAAAGCGCUUCUAGAGGAGCUGCAGCAGCAACGGGCGGCUGCGUCGGAGCGAGAAGCAGCAGCCAUCGCCGCCAGGGCAGCAGCUGAGGCGGCACGGGAGGCGGCGGAGAGCCAGGCUGCACGGGCAACGCUUGCGAAUGAGCAAUUGCAGCAGGAGAUGCAGCAUCAACUGGAAGAACAACAGAAGCAGCUGGAGAUCGCCUUGAAGGAAAAGCAGGAUGCUUUGGACACGGCUUCAAGCAUGCAACAGCUGCAGAACGAGAAAGCUGUAGAACAGCACCAGCAGCAAGAAGAUCUGGAAAGGCAACUGCUGGCGCGGGAGUUCAUGGUGGCGCAGCUGCAGCGGGAGGUGAAUCAGCAAUUGAUAAGGCAGCAGGAACAGCAGGAACAGCACAAAACAGAGCUGGAGAAGCUCAAGCAGCAGCACUCAGUAGAACUGCAAGCACUCGCCGAGGAACACGCUGCAGUCCUCAAGCAGCGAGAAGAACAAAACCAGAAACUGGUGGAGGAAAAGCAACGCAUCACAGCUGCAUGCCACGAUGAAGUACAGCGAGCGCAACAGACGGUUGAUGCACUGCAACAACAACUGGCUCAGCAGGAGGAGCAGCACGAGCUCAUGACGCAGAGACAGCAAGAGGAUUCGGAGCAAUUCAUGCGCAGGCUACAGCAGCAGGAGCGUGCGGCGAGCGAACAGCUACAGAAGCUGCAGCAGCAGGCAGAAGAAAAGCGUUUGCUACUGGAAGAGAGUGGAAUACAGCGGGAAGAGCUCACAAGAGAAGUGCACUCGUUACAGCAGAGGCUGGGGGAAGUCGAAGCUGCUGCUGAGGCUCGGGUAGAGUCCCUCAAGCAGCAGUUGCUGGAUGCUACGUCUUCACUUGAGUCCGAACGUAAAGCGCUACAGCAGCAGCUGCAAGAUGCAACAAGCGGCGUACAGCAGCAGAUGGAGCAGCAUGAAGCUUUAAGGAAGAAACAUGAAAACCUGCAGCAAGGUUACAAUGACGCUCAACAGCAGGCAGCUAGGGAGAAGAGUGAGCUGGAAGAGCGAAUAGUGGUGCUGGAGGCACAGCUGCAGACACAGCAGGGAUUGCUGCAAGCAGCACGUGAGGAGCUGCUGCAACAGCCAAUUUUGUUGCAGCAAAAGCAUGAGGAGGACCUGCAGCAGCAAUUGGCAGCUGUGCAGCAGCUGGAGCUGGAAGAAAGGGGAAGGCUGCAGCAGGAGCGUGACCAGAUUUUGGAGCAACAACAGGAGAAGCAUGCAUUGUUGAUGCAGCAACUACGGGAGCAGCACGCCCUGGAGCAGCAACAGCUGCAGCAGCGGAUGCAGCAGGAGCAACAAGAGCAGCAAGAAGCGCUUCGCAGUCACUUUGAGAAGUUAUGGAACGAGGAGAGUGCAAAGAUGGUUGCAGCAAAUGCUGCAGUGGUUGAGCAACUUCAACAGGCGCAGAAGCUACUGCUGGAAGAACAGCAGCAAUUAGAGGCUUAUGAGGGCCAACGGGAAACCCUUGCAAAGGAGAGAGAAGAGGCAGCUGCUUUGAAGACACAGCUCUUGGCAGCUAAUGCAGAUGUGCAAAAAUUGGAGCAGCGGUGUGAAGCCUUAGAACGUCAACGAGAAGACCUCCUGCAGCAGCGGAGCACCCCGGAAGCCGAAGUACAUGCGGCCAUGAAGGAAGAGUUGUAUCAGUUACGGCACGAGGUAAUGGAGAAGGAUCGGCUAGCACGGGAAUUGCAGCAGCAACUGGAUGAGCACGUUGCCAGCCAGAGAGACAGGCUAGGAGAGGUUAAUGCGAUGUUGGAGCGGCAGGAGGAAGCGAGCAAACAGAAGGACCUGCGACUGCGUAGUGUGGAAGAGGAGCUGCAAGCCCUCCAGCAGCUGCUGCAGGACACAGUGGAUGUGAAACAGCUCGAGGCAGCGCGUGCUGAGGUAGCAGAAGGCAAUCGGAGGGUGCAGAGACUGGAGGCCGACUUGGCAGCUGCCGUUGCCGAACACGAAUCAGUGAAGAAAGCUCUGCAAAUAGCAGAGGAGAAACUGAAGAAUGUCCAUUCAAAAGCUGAAUCUGGAGCCACUACGGAUGCCUUGAAUCGCCACUUAGAGACGAAAGAGGCCGGCACACAGGCCGUGGGAGGUGACAUAUCUGAGGAUGAUCCACGCAGCUUGGAAAACCUGCAGAGGCAGGCGAAACGAGCUCACCAGAAGAACGAGGAAUUGGCCGUCCGGAAUGCGACUCUGACGCGGAUUAGCGACUUCCUCUCCAGGCGGUUACAGUUCUUCGAAAGAGCACUGGCGGAUAUGGGCCCCCACGGCUUGGUUGUUAUCGAAGAUUGCGACAGAAGCGUUGUUCUUGCCCCACCAGAAAUUGAGACUUCUCCCACAGAGCCACCUGUGCCAGAGUUGAUUCUUGUGGGAGAGGAUGCGGAACCUAGCGGCGAUCCUGCUUCAUCAAGUCGCAGUAAAAGCGUUGACACACCAGCACAAAUGACCGGACCAGUGGACGCGGAGGAAAAGAUUAAACCUGACGUAGCAGGGCCGACUACGAAAGAGAAUGCUGCACCACCUCUCCUCUCGCAACGAUGUGGCGAGGGCGAGGCAGCGAUGACGGCGGGUGGAGCGCCUCCCACGCCUCCUGAGUUCCUUCGGGCGUUGAAGGCAACGCCCAAGACCUGA